UGUGUCGGUGUGCACGUGUAAUUGACAGAGAGGGCCAUGGAGAGCUCCUCUUCCAAACUGCCACAGGGAUGAGGUGGAACCAAAGCUAAGACGACCUGUUUCUGAGCUUUUCGUUUUCUUCAUACUGCCACUUUUUAUUUCUUGAUGUCAAACUUACCCGUGUAUCACGGAGGAGUGAAUCGACGCAGAAGGCCAAGGAUUUGUAUAUAUAAAUAUUUCUCCAGAGACGCCCCACUCUUUGUUUUUUUACUGGAUAUUUUUUGGUAUAUGACGGAGAGGAGUGUACUGUGUGUGUGUAACCCGAGAUCGCUUGGCUUCAUGUGGAUCUAAAUAAUAAUAACACAAAUUCUAAGAAGAGAUCGCACAGAACUCUCGCUUCUCUUCGGAUUUAUUUAUUUAUUUUUAUUUUCAUCGAUUGGCCAACUCCGCAUUUACAGCACAAUAAACUGAGGCGCCGCAGUUUGCCGAAACCUUGUGAGGUGAACGGUUUUAAACCCGUUGCUGUACAUUUCAGUCCUGCAUAGUGACUUACCGUUUGUCCUUUUAUUAGUUAUGACGUCGGUAUAGUUCUAAGCUUUGAUCAACUACGUGGAAACCCUUUUAAAGAAACGGUAACUGCGAUCGAAAAGGGCGCCGGAAAUCUUUUUUUUUUCUUGAAUGUGGAUUGCACCUGCAUAAAGUGAAGAGGACGAGAAGAAGACGCCUGUCAAGUAAACACAUCGGGCACGGGGAAAUCUGGAGACCCGAAAAACGGAGCUUCGAUUUGACUUUCCACCACCGGCGGGACACGUUACGCUGUCCGCGCUCGCUAAGGUUCAGUUUCCGAAACUGAAACUCCCACGUUUUGUCAUAAAGGGAACAUCUGAAUGAAGAUUUCGGCAGGGUGUGCCUAGAGAACAAGUCAAGAGGAGCAGGAGGAGUCCGGUGAGGGGGAGGCUGCCGUUUCAGAGUGGCAAAGUGCUCAACAUUCACCACCAUAAGGGGGUCCAGAAAGCUGCUGAGAAGAGAUGUGGUCAGGGGAAUUCUGUUUAGCGUGACGCCCAUCAACGCCAAUCCUCUGGCUCCAGGAAUCUAAUGACUUGUCAUCCUGUUAACUCCAUAGAGGCCUGUGUGCAUAAUGGGCAGAGGACGUGAGCCCCCUGCAUCACCGCUGAACAACAUCGAAAUGCCGACAUGGAGAUUCAACAGGAUGGAGAUGUUUUGAAGAAGGAGCCGGACCUGCAGCAGCCACAGGGCCAGGCACAGCCUGGCAGGAUGCCACUAAAAGAGUCCCCUCGGACCGACCCCAGGAUUGGCGUUGAGGAGUACAGUACCCCGUCUGUGGGCGCUACCAAACUUGCACCAUCAUCGGCCCAGUUGCUGGUCACUCUCCGCUCGCAGAAGUUGGCUCUGCGGCCAAAAGCCGAGCCGGGAUUGCUGGUUGUGAAUGGUUCUGUGAACAACGCCGACAACUACCGGCAUGGCGAGCAGUCCGAUGGUGAUGCCAGCAAGUGGUGUGAACCCACUGACUUAGAGCUGCUUUUGAAACGCCGGCGAACGGCACCAGAGAACGGAGAAACAGAGGGAUUUGUGCACCCAGGUGCAGCUGAAGGGAAGAGGCGCCGCACAGAGAGUGGUGAACGAAACGGACCCAAUGGCCGCAGCACCCAUAAUGCAGCCAACCCAAGAACCACCGAAACCUCCUCGGAGCAGAAUGUCCAGAGAUCAGUGGGCACCGUGGCGGCCCGGGUCUCCCUGGAGCGCAUGGCUCUUGAGUAUAUCGCCCCCUGCAUGAAGUUCUAUGGUAUCUGCGUGAAAGACGGAUUCCUGGGGGCUGAACUGGGGGAACGGGUCCUCUCUGAAGUGGAGACCCUCAAUCAGAGCGGCAAGUUCCGCGAUGGACAGCUUGUGAGCCAGCGCACCAUCCCGUCCCGCAGCAUCAGAGGCGAUCAGAUCGCAUGGGUGGAAGGGGGAGAGCCGGGCUGUGAGAACAUCCACACUCUCAUGACGCGGAUUGAUGAGGUUAUCAUGUAUAGCUCCAUGAACGGGCAGAUGGAGGGACGCGUCAUCAACGGCAGGACAAAGGCAAUGGUGGCCUGUUAUCCAGGAAAUGGCACCGGGUACGUACGGCACGUGGACAACCCCAACGGAGAUGGCCGAUGCGUCACCUGCAUUUACUACCUGAACAAGAACUGGGAUGCGAAGGUGCACGGCGGAAUGUUGCAGAUCUAUCCUGAAGGGCGCACCGUCGUGGCCAACAUUGAUCCCAUUUUUGAUCGCCUUCUGAUAUUCUGGUCGGACCGCCGAAAUCCGCAUGAGGUGAAGCCGUCAUAUGCAACUCGGUAUGCUAUCACAGUGUGGUACUUUGAUGCCAAGGAACGAGCAGAAGCCAAAGAGAAAUACCGGCUUGCUGCUGGACAGAAAGGCAUCCAGGUGGCUGUGGGGCAAAGUAACAAGACUUAAAGAGAAUGAAGAAAAGAAAAAGGAAGCUGUUUUCUGAUUCUGAAGAAGGUGAUGUCUGCGCUGCUACUGACACAAACCGGAAAUGUGGGGGGGGGUCAGGGGGGAGGGGUUUCACCAGCAGGUCACUCUCAGCCCCACCCCUAUACCCUUUAUUGCCUUUGGGUCUCCAGGUGGGAUGACGUGGGUCUGCGGACAGAGCCCGUGUUAGAAGGACUUCACCCCUUCCCUCUACCGACUGGACAAAUGGACAUCUGGGAGCAAGAGUUGGAUGGGUUGGUUUCAGAUUUGGGGCCUCACCCUCUCUGGAGCUUUUGCUUCAUUUUUGUCCCCUCCCUGAUCCUAACCUGCACUAAAUACCUGGAGUAAGCACUCUUUAUCUAGUUUUCUAUAGUGGACCUUACUUCGAUCACAGAUGCUGACACAAUUUUCCCAUAAAACGCCCCGGGCUGAAUGGUAAUCCUCUCAAAUGGCUUCCUGAAGCCAGCGGAGUUCACAGAAGACAUGCACUUUAUUUGCCAAGUAUAAGGAGAGACAGCGUUUACAAACCCGCCAUCGGUGUUACUACUUCACUGGAUCUUCUUAUCAAAAGAAGUGCACUAAAACGUUCCCAGUUCUGCAUAAGGCUCCUUUUCUUUAAACUUUUUGUUUGUUUGUUUGUUUGUUUU